CUCAUACUGUUAUAACGGCAGAGCUCUAGCUCUCAUAUUCCCCACUUAGAAACGAGAGACUCGGGAUAGAAUCGGGAUCUUGCUCCACUCAAGCCUACUCCAAAGCACGCAAUGCGUAGCCAGGUUCAAAUUUGUUCCUACUAUUAGACCCUUUUUGCUUAUGAACUGACUAUCUAUCAAAACCACCAAACAUGACAACUGCCAUAUUCAAAUACAUCGACACAUCCGCACUCGCCAAGGACGAAAAGCCCUGGGUGAAGGUCGAUGCCGACGUCGCCUCGUUCAAGCUAGCGGAGCACAAGCGCUCGGUGCGGGACCUCCGGGGCCGGGAAACCGAGUUCACCACGGACAACUCCGGGUUCGCCGUGUACACGGAGCCCACCCGUGAAACCACCUUCAGAGACGACGCCGCCAUCCGCAGUGCGUACUACCAGGAAAUCAAGGACCUGCUGAAGAAGCGGAUACCCGGCAUCAAGAAGGUGCACAUCUUCGACCACACGAUCCGCCGGCGGGACCCAGAAGCCGCACGGACGCCCAUCCAGCAGGUGCACGUCGACCAGACCCCCGGCGCGGCCGAGGCCCGUGUGCGGCGGCACCUCCCCGCGGACGAGGCCGAGGAGCUGCUGCAGGGCCGGUUCCAGAUCAUCAACGUGUGGCGGCCCAUCGAGAACCCCGCCAGCGACUUCCCGCUCGCGGUGAUCGACUGGCGCACCACCAAGCCAGACGACUUCGUGCCGGUGAAUCUGCUGUAUCCCAAGCGUGAGGGGGCGGACAAUGACGACAGGGGUAAGGAGGUGCGGCCCGACGAGUCCAAGCUGUACUCGACGGAGGGCUACGAGGUGAAGGGGGGCACGAUGUCCGUGGCGCCGAGCGAGGCCCACAAGUUCUACUACCAGAAGGACAUGACGCCUGACGAGGUCAUUCUGUUGAAGUGCUAUGACUCCUGGGGAGAGGGGCAGCCAAAUGGGAAGAAGGGGAUUGCGGUGAGGACGCCGCACACGGCUUUCAUUGAUCCUCAGACCCCUGAGGGAGCCCCGGGGCGGCAAAGCAUAGAGGUUCGGUGUUUGGUGUUUUAUGAGUAGUGUAGCUGGGUCUCGAUGCUAGGACUUGAUAGUAGUAGCGAUAAUUGUCACUGUGGUCUUGCA